CACCCUGUCCACGCAUUUAGGAAUCCAGGGAAAAGGCGGUCGAGAAGGUCCAGCUUCUCGUGUGUUUAACAUGGCUUCACAGACUUUGGCCAGGAGGAGAAUGUGACCUCGACAGAUUAACAUGGGCUCUCUGAAGAAGCUCCAGAGGGGGGGGAGGGCUGUGGCUCCGGCAGCCGCCCCGGACGGUGGCUACGCCUGGUUCAUCUUGCUCUCCUGCUUCCUGGUCUUUGGACUGACCUUCGGGGUCAUUAAGUCCUUCGGCGUCUUCUACGUCGAGAUACAGCAAUACUUUGAAACCACGGCAACAGCAACAUCAUGGAUCACCUCUAUUGCUGUGGGCACCAUUCACGUUGCAGCUCCUGUAGCCUCGGCUCUGACUGCUCGCUGCAGCCAUCGCUCUGUGGUGAUAGCGGGGGGACUGAUUUGCAGCUUAGGAGUCAUGAUUGGCGCUUAUGCUAAUAACGUGAUUGAACUCUACUUAACAGUGGGGUUCUUGAAUGGUCUGGGCUAUGCUUUGACCUGGACCCCCACAGUGACCAUGCUGGGCUUGUACUUUGAGAGGAGGCGUCCGCUGGCGAACGCCUUGGCCAGCACUGGAGAGUGCCUCCUUACCUUCGUCCUCACACCCCUGUUCCAGCUGCUGAUCGACACCUACACCUGGAGGGGGGCUCUGCUGAUCCUGGGGGCUCUGCAGCUCAACCUGUGUGUGUGUGGGAUGCUACUGAGGCCGCUAAAGGCCGCCCCAGAUGGGACUCGUGUGGAUGAGGUUGAAGCAGAAGACACAGAGGAGCAGAGAAUACCUGAGGCGUCUGAUCUGGGAACAGUCAAGGUGUGUCCGGAAGACCCCGAGGAGAUCACGGAUUCAAAAGACUCAACGACGGCUGGAUUCAGGACCAAACUCCUGCGCUACGUAGAUUACACCCUCAUCUCGAAUGCCCAGUUCAUGGUCUACUCAAUGUUUGGGUUGUUUGCUGCUCUGGGAUUCUUUGCCCCAGCGUUGUUCCUGGUCCCUUACGCUCGCAGUAAAGGAAUCGAGGAAUACCAGGCGGCUGCGCUCAUGUCCAUCUCUGCAGCGCUGGACCUUUGUGGACGGCUGAUCUUUGGCUGGGUGGCAAACCUGAGACUGGUGGAGACGGUGCAACAGCUGACGGCCACGGUGAUUCUCCUGGGCUCCGUGCUGCUCCUCUGCCCGCUCGCCUCCUCCUUCUCAGAGCUGGCCGCCUUCAGCGCCGCUUACGGCCUCGUUUACGGCGCCACGGUCUCCAUCCACAUCACCGUGCUGGCCGAGGUGGUGGGCGUCCGCAGGCUCGGCAGCGCACUGGGGUUCUUCAUGCUCAUACGCAGCAGCGGAGGCCUGCUCGGACCGCCAAUCGCCGGAUACUUCAUUGAUAAGAUGGGGAACUACGGGAUGGGCUUCAUCAUGGCCGGAGUGUCUCUCCUCGUCUCCGUCCUGUUCCUGCUCAUCCUGCAUCAGAUGACCCGCAGGGGUCAGAGGUCAACAAGGAAGAAUCACAGUAUGGAAACGGACAAAAUGGGACAAAGCCUCGGAGGCGAAGUCAAAGAUCUGAGGGCGUGAAAUCAAAGAUGGAGAAAUUGUUUCUGAUACUGAUGGAGGAAAGUGUCACGUGAAGAAUCAUCUGCAUUAUCGACCAGGUCUUUGGAAUCAUCAAGUGUCUGUAGGUGAUGAUGUGAUGGACAGCUGUGAGCAUCUCUGUUUAUAACACAGACCACAGACAGUGUGUACAUGCAGGAAAUGAUGAGACUGAUAAAACACUCUGCGGUAGAUCUGCCCUGUUUGUUAUCAGUGGUCAAACUGUGGUCAGAAUAGAGAAGCUUUAAACUGCCCACGUGCCCAUGGGCAGUUUAAUAACCAGGCUGCAACCAUGAUACUUGAAAAGUGGUCUUUUUCGUAUAUAUAAUGCUUUGCACAGUUUUCCAGUUACUUAUUUAAUUCAUAAUGUAUGGAAUUGGUUCAUUUGUUUUUUUAAGAGAUGAAAUGUUUAAACCAGGCCACUUUUCCUGUUUAAAUUAUAUAAUAUUAGAUUAUUAAGUCUUAAAUACUUUUCCCCUCCGUCUUUUUGUAUCAUUUAUUACAGAUGUUUUAUGAAUGGAUGAAUGCUGUAUUACUAAGUGAAAGUGUGACUAUGGCUCCCCCUAGUGAGAAGACGAUGAUGUUGCAUUUGCAGCUUGCACAGCUGCAGGGCUGAGCUGCAAAAUGUAGAUAAAUACAGACACAUUACAACACAGGAAAGAUCUGAGGGUUCACAGAUUUAAACUGAAUUAAGUUGCAUUAGUUGUUUUGGUACGAUUACUCAAAACCGAAGAAAAUGUAUGAAGUCUGCUCCCUUUAAUUUACAGGCUAAUUUUCAACAGCCUCAAAAGUGAACUGAAGUGUUAAAUUAAACAACAAAAUAGGUUGUGGUUGAACGAGCUUCUCCCCGAGUUGUGUCCCAGUAGUGAAGCCUGAAACCGGGUGAGAAGCUGCUGCAGAAUGUUUGGUAUGUGCAACCAGCGAGCGAGCGAGCGCUCAAACCCCCGGACCAGCGAGAGGCCCCAGAUCCACAUCUUAAACCUGCUGCAGUGCACAUAGAAAAAGAAGAAAUAAACAUGUCAUCCUCCAUAAAUCUGAAAUAACAAACUGCAAACCGAGGUUUACAAACAGUGGCCCACACUGAAAUCUCCACCGCACAGACAGACAGACACACAUACUCACACACACAUAUGCCAAAGGAAAGAUACUGCAGAAUAUAAAACUUACCACAACAAGAGCUGGUCAAAAAAACAAAAACACAAUGCUUUUAUCUGCCAGAGAAAAACAAAGACAUAAUCCAUGUUUCAUAGAGACUCUACAUGAAACAGACACACACACACACACACACACACACACACACACACACACAGCAUGCAGUGGUCGACUGGAGAGACAAGAAGCCUCCUAUUAUUUGUGAAAUACUGCCAGCCUCAAAAUUAUCAGAGGAUUUCCAAUCCAGUGAGAGUAAUGUCUCCUGUUAUUUGAUCCAUGAGGAAGUUUGAUCUGUUACUUGCACGUCGGUCUGUCUGAAACCCUAAACCCAUAACCCAUAACUUAACUCUUAACCCAUAUUUACCCAGUCUCUGUACAUAAGAGGAAAAACAAGCCUGACUGAGCAAUACACAAAACAAGCACACGUGGGGAUACACAACCUUUUAUUUACUGAGAUUAUUGAGAGACUACUGUUUUCUUCUCUACCUUGAAGUACACGUGAAGCUGUUUUAAAGGGACACUCCGCCAAGUCGAUGUAUUUAGUUCAAUAAACGUAUCAUGAGGAUAACUUGCCUGUAACAUAAUGUGUUCUUAAGCUCUGGAGGGAGAUUUGUCAAAGUAUGAGAAAAUAAAUAACCAAGAACAUUU